AUGGCUCGACGAUUCACUUACGCAGAGAAAGGGAAAGCUAUCAACAACCAGUCAAAGAAGGCUCCACCGCUUCGCAUCAGAGCUCCGACCAUAGAUACAACCGACGCUGUUCGAGAUAACGAACUCACUCUCAUUGGACGACUCACCAACCCCAGUGAACAAAAGAUCUGGCAUCUAAUCCCGUUCUUGUCUCGGAGAUGGAGUGCAAAAGGAGCCGUUUCCUGCUCUGACUUAGGUCAGAGUUGCUUCAAAGUGAGAUUCAAGAGCAAGGAGGAUCUCGACUAUGUUCUGGCGCACAGGCCGUACCACUACGCAAGAUGGAUGGUGAUUAUACAACAAUGGGAACCAAUUAUUGCUCCAAACUAUCCGUCUCAAAUACCUUUCUGGAUAGAGUUAAAGGGGCUACCCCUUCACUAUUGGAAUAAAGAAAUGCUUCACAAAAUUGGGAAGGAACUAGGUUCUCUUGAUAGCUUCGAAGUAACCCCAUUGGCAGCAAGGAUCAGGGUUACAAUAGAUGGCUUGAAGCCACUGAUUAAGGAAACCAUUGUCGAGUUUGGUUCUGGAGAUGAAACUAUAGUUUCGUUGGAAUAUGAAAAGCUUGCAAACCAUUGCCAACUCUGCAACAGCCUCCUACAUGAUGAAUAUCAGUGCCAAAAUCAAAGUGAUCAAGAGUCUUCGCACCAAGUCCCAGUUUGUGCUGACAAACGCCAGAGAGAGGGUCGGGCUACUCUUCCUGGUCCACCACCACUCCCAAGUGCUCCUCCCACUACACAAGUCAACCACCCAAUGGUUCUCAACAGACACAGAGACCUGCGGAAUCAGAGGAACUACAGCGAGCGCUUAGAUAGAUACGGACGCCCGUUUGGAACAAGACCGUCAGCUAAAUCAACAUCUAUGAGUUACGUGAGGAAACCGCCAGCUGGCCCCCCAAAACACGCUUUAAAGGAAGACAAACAAAUUGAAAUCAGGAACUCUCCCAGCGAUUCUCACUCCUACAUAAGAGAUCGAAAAAUUUCCCCUCCACUCAGAAACACCAACAAUGAGUACAAGAGACAGACCACCCAACUCAGAGAUGGUUCAAGGAGACGCUCCCUAUCUUUUGGAAACAACUCCAACGGUGCUCAAUUGGUAUGGAAAGAAAAGGAUAAUGAAGAUGACGGAGAUCACAUCAAUACUCCAUUUACUACUCCAGUGCAACAACCUGAGAUUGAGACCCAAACAGUUCAACAACUACAUGACGACAUCAUGACUGAGCUUCAGGAGGUGACAUUUCAAUAUGUCAAUGUCUCAGACCCCGUGGAGAGCGCUGCGAGAAGACAAAGGGUACUAGAAUGCGAAACCCAAGAGCUGAUGGCCAAAACAGCGGCUACGCUUCUGGCUGAAGCUAUUAACACUGGAAAUCAGAACGCAAGCAACCAUGCUUUCUAUGCAGCUCUGGAACAAAACGAGGAAUCUCCUGCACAAGCAACAGAGCAGAUAGCUGCCCCAACUUCGGGCCAGGCUAUAGAAGAACGUUCUCAGUUGACACAACCGCGAAAAAGGGGUAGACCCCCAGGGAGGAGAUCCACAAACAUCAAUCAACAGGCACUAAAAGGAGCGGGGUCCAAGAAACGGAAGUUAGUAAUUCAAAACUCACCAAGAGUGCGCAAGUCCUAUGCUUCUCAGAACAAUAAUGAAGGAGCAAAGGAGAGCAAACGAACCACGCAGAGGAGGAAGCCACCAAUUCCAAAACCAUCUUCUUCAAAGAUACCAGAAGCAAGCAUAGCGGGAACAUCUAGAGAAGCGUCAAAGACAAGAAAGAAGGGAAAAGGUAGCGGACCAUCCCCGUUACCGAAAACGGCGGAUUUUCACAAUCCACCCAGCUCUCUUCCUUAA